AUGGCAAUGAGCUGGAUCAAGGGGAUCAUCCUUUCAUCAUCAAGAGAAGGUAACAACUGUUGCCAUCAAAUGAUAGAAGAUCUUAGGGCUUCAUUCGAUUUGGAUGAGAAACUGGAAAAAAAGAAGAUUGAAUCUCAGUGCUUUGAGAUAUUUGAGACUAGGCUUAUUUACAUCAAUCCAAUGGAAACUGAAGAUGGUUGCUCCCAUGUUGUUGAUGAACAAAUCUCUCAGUUGGAUAACUUAGUUGUGCCAAUUGUUGAUGAGCACUUAAAACCAAAAAUAGGAAUGACUUUUGGCAAUUUAGAAGACGCUGAAAAAUUCUACAGAACUUAUGGAAAGCCCGGAGGUUUUGAUAUCCGUAAUAGCAUAACAAAUUAUGGGAAGGAUAGAGAAUUAAUUGGCAAAAACAAAAACAAUAGCAUAUGGAGUGUCUACAAGUUCGUGGAAGAACAUUAUCAUACAAUUACUUCACCGAGUAGAACACAUUUUCUAAGGGGAAACCGUGAGGUAACAAGUGCGAAAAAGAUAUUGAUAAAGCAGUUUGGAGAGGUGAACAUUCCAACAAACAUGCAAAUGACCUUCUUUGAACCAACAAACAAGCAAAUGACCUUCUUUGAAAACUCUAGCGGAUGUUUUCAUAGAAUUGGAUGCAUUGAGACUGGUGUGAGAAAUUAUGAAAGAGAUUUGAGAGAGGAGAGGUGCGGUCAUGAUGCACCAAUGAUGUUGGAUCAUUUUAAGUCGGAACAAAAGAAGAAUCCUUCAUUUUAUUAUGUUUAUGACGUUGAUGAAGAGAAGCGCUUAACUCAUUGUUUUUGGGUGGAUGGCAUUGCUAGAAUGAAUUAUCAAUACUUUGGCGAUGUUGUCUCCUUCGAUGCCACGCAUAACAUAAAUCAAUAUGGCUUGGUAUUUGUGCCGUUUGUAGGCAUAAAUCACCAUUGGCAAAGUGUUUUCUUAGGAUGUGGCUUGAUCCCAAACGAAGAGGCGAAGUCUUUUGUAUGGUUGUUUAACAAAUGGAUUGAAGCAAUGGGUCAUCCUCCUUCGGGCAUGAUUACAGAUCAAUGUCUUGGCAUAUGCAAGGCAAUUGAAACAGUUUUUCCAGAAAUUCGGCACAGGUUUUGCAUUUGGCAUAUCUUGGACAAAAUUCCGGAGAAGUUGGGUAAAUGGGCUUAUAGAACGGAAUUUAUGAAUCCUUUCAAAGAAAGUAUUUGGGACUCCAAGACUGCUAGCUCUUUUGAAGAGAAUUGGGUUUCAAUUCUUAAGAAAAAUGGAUUGCAAACGCAUGAUUGGCUAAAGGAUAUCUAUGAAAUUCGUGAAAAAUGGGCGCCGGUUUAUCAUAAACAACACUUUUGGGCUGGAAUGUCUAGCAGUCAAAGAAGCGAAGGGAUGAAUGUAUUGCUAAAAAUGCAUGUAUCAAGGAAAAAUUCACUUCAUGAUUUCGUGAUCAUCUUUUAG